AUGAGAUAUUAUGAAUUCACAAUAAUGAAUGAAAUAAAAACAAAAAAGUUUAUUUUAGGUGUAAUUAGGGCUGGGCAACGUUUCGUUAAAGAACUGCAAGUUUUGAAGAUCAACAGAAAAUUCCGUUUGUCUUUUGAACGAUUUUAGCUAAUCGUUAACGAACUAUUAUUAAAAGUCUAAACGUGCCCAGACCUAGAUGUAAUAUGUUAUCUUGUCAGAUGCUAUUAGGAGUAUAAAAAUCUUUAGAACAAAAGAACUUUAACUAAUGUUCUAUAGCAAGAAUUCUUGUGAUAAAGUUAAGUCCACAGUCUUAAAAACAGUCAACCCUCACCUCUCAGUCCUUGGAUUAAAUCCUCCUCAUCCUCCACACCACCCCUGCACGCUUAAACACACGGUAUUAGCGAAUACUCAUAGCAUAUAAAUAAAUAAAUAAGUUUGAUAUGAUAAAAAUCCGAGGAUCAACAUUAAUAUAUAGAAAAUAAGAUAAACAUUUUAAGUUAGUCAUACUUGUAAAAUUACAUUUGCUUACCUAUUUAUUCAUUACUCUUUGGAUAUCAUGAUCUUCAUAACCUCUCCGUCCUGGGAUCUUGCUAAGCUACGUUUGUCGCAUAAAACGUGCUGGGACGACUCUACACUUGGUAGCCUGGCUGGACAGUACGACGGACUGCAUAUAUCGGCAUGGAUCAUGCAUCUUUUAGACAUGGUCUGCACUGGGUUGAUGCUUUAACAACUCUGAUUUGGUUCUGUUCUCUAAGGUUGUGGUCAUGAAGAGAAAUAUUUCUCAUAGCAUUGUUAAAUCUAAUUACUCCUAGGUUAUCAGUCUUAUCUAUUAGUUAGUUUAGUUUAAUUAACACAGUUUAUCAUCAUGAGUUUAAACAGGACUUCCUCUUCUGAACUUGAGGAAGAAAAUGAAGAGAUAAUAGUGAUAGAACAGGAGGAGGAGGAGGAUGAUGAUGCACAGAGGAAGAAGAACAAUUCAGAGGAUGAAAAGCAACGAAACAUAAUGCUUCAGUUCUCCCGAUCCAUAACUGCUCUCAACUCAUUAAACAGCAGCAUUGGAGUUCUCAGAGCCAAACAGGUUUGGCUGAGGAGGGUUUCAACUACUGCGACUCCACAACAGAUAAAGCAGGAAGGAGAAAACAUUUGGAAAUCAAUUCAAAGUGAAGCAACCCUGGAGACAGAUGUUUCAGAUUUUAACUUUUCCGAUCUUGAUGAAAAUACAGAAGAAUCAGUGGAUUGUGUUGAUACUUCUUCACUUAGUUCUCUACAAGCUCCACCACCACCUACACUUCCGUCAUCUAUCCCUUCUCCCCCUCCACUUCCAAGCUAUAUCCCUCCUCAUCCUACACUUCCAACCUCUAUCCCUCCUCCCCCUCCACUUCCAAGUUCUAUUCCUCCUCCCCCUCCACUUCCAUCUUCUGCCCUCCCUCCACUUUUGUCAUCUAUCCCUCCUCCCCCUCAACCCCUGACUUUUAUCCCUAAAUAUCCCGAACCUUCAACAGAUUCAACUGAUUCCUCCAGUGUAUCACCAGCAGAAGUAAACCCUCCUAUCUCAUUUAAUGAGACGGCUGUUGUCGCAAAACUCUCCGAGUGUUCAAUAACAUCUUCAUCAUCAACUCCUGGUUCAGCAGAUUCCUCUUCUAUUCAAACAGUUACUGCAAAACUAGUGAAAUUACAUUGGAGACCUGUUGUACCUCCAGCUGUCCCGGGAUCUAUCUGGGAAUCCAUCCCAAGAAUUGAUCUUGAUAGCAGUUCUAUCCUUUCAUCAUUUACAGUGAAAGAAACAAAACCUAAUUCAUCAGCUUCGAAUUCAGCAAAGAAGGAACUUCGAGUAUUAGACACAAAAAGGUCAAAUCAGAUCAGUAUUGGGAUUAAGAAUCUACCAAAACUAUCUGAGCUGAAAGCCACAAUACUGAAAAUGGAUGAUGGUAAUAUGAGUCGGGAGGGUGUAGAGAAACUUCAGUUGUUGAUGCCGACGGAGGAAGAAAUACAUCUGAUUAAAGAAGCUGAGAAGGAAAACCCUGGUAUUCCGCUAGCUAGUGCAGAGCAGUAUCUUCUCACAAUAUAUUCUAUUCCAGGACUGGACUGUAGACUAAAGCUUUGGGCCUUUAAACUUGAUUAUCAAGCGAUGGAAAGGGAUAUAUGUAGUCCUCUUAGAUCUCUUCUGGAUGGGGUCAAUAUUCUGAGAAAUAAUGAGAACUUUGCUGUUUAUCUGUCCAUUAUUCUUUCCAUGGGCAAUCUUCUUAAUAGAACUAAUAUUCGAGGAUUUAACCUAGAAUACCUGGGGAAGAUAUCUCUGGUAAAAGAUACAGAUAAAAGAAGAUCGUUGCUCUACCAUAUUGUUAAAAAGGCCAAAGAGCAGAAAGUCCAGACUGAUUUUAUAAAGGAGUUCGAAUGCUUUAGGAUUGUAUUUUAUUUAUUCAAAAUUAGAAAUAUGUUUUGUUCUUUUCCCCUAGUUAUGAACAAUUUAAGAACAUUAAAACGGUUAAAAUUUUAAAAUUUUGAUUAAGUUUUUGGCCUGACUUCCGGCCGAAUUUGUCCCAAUUUUCGACAUAAUUUGUCUAAAUUUCCGGCCUAAAUUAUUCCAAUUUUCGACCUAAAUUGUCCCAGAUUUCCGGACUAAAUUGUUCCUAUUUCUGGUAUAAUUUGUCCCGGUUUCCGGCCUAAAUUACUUCAAUUUCCGGCCUAAUUUCUUAAAAUUUCCAACCUCAAAUUAUUCCAAUUUCCGGCCUAAAUUUUUCCGAUUUCAAGCCUAAUUUGUUCAAAUUUCCGGCCUAAUUUGUCCCAAUUUCUAGCCUAAAUUCUCCAAUUUCCGGCCUAAUUUGUCCCAAUUUCUAGCCUAAAUUCUCCAAUUUCC